AGAUUCAACUAAGAGUUCAAACACUGUAACUCGUAGUCCACAUAUCUCUUAUGAACUUCCUGCAUUAGAAAAUGUUCGAAGAGUCUACACAUUUCCAACAUUGAAUAAGGCGCCAGUGUAUGCGCCUGCCCCAUUUCUCCAAGACCUUAUUGAAAAAAUGGACCCUUUACCGGAGAAAGCUCCUUUGGAGGCUCCUCCCGCUGUCACUCCAGUAGCCAUCCAACUUGCACCACGUCUUUUAACGAUUAGACGGAAGAAAAUGAAAAAACACAAAAGAAGAAAGCAUUUUUUCAAAUAUCAAAAGUACCACAAAGAGAAGAAAUUGAGGGCGGAGCGAGAAUUUAUUAAGCGUAUGAAGGCCCACUUAGCAGAGUUGGAAUCAUUCAAUCCGGAACAAUAUGUCGAAGAAACGAUCGCAGCUGCCAAGAAGGAAUGGUCUGACGAAUUGGCGCCAACGGGAAGAAAGCGUUAUCCUCAUUGGUCACGACUGAUGUCAUUAGAAGAACUUUACGGAAUUCCAAAGAGCGACUAUAUCGAUAAGAAAGCUGGUUUGGCAGGAGAGGAGGAUGCAGAAAAGAUUAAACAGUUAAAAGCUGAGUAUGAUAAUAAGUAUCGUGGUAUUUGAUA